AUGGAAUCCCUCGCCGCUGUCGGCCUCGCUGCAAAUAUCCUACAAUUUAUCCAUGAAGCAAGGAACUUAGUAUCCACCAGUCGUGAAAUUCUCGGCUCGGGCGCUAAGGAUGAGUACAUUGAGUUGGAACUUGUCUCAAAAGAACUGCGCUCUCGAUCAGCCCGCAUAAUCCUACCAGGAAGUGCCAGAGAUAUCCCUGAAGGCGAUGACGGAAAUUCCAUUGAGGCAUUGGCGAUUAUAUGCAACGAGAUAGCAGAUGAACUACUCGGUAUUCUCGACGCGCUCAAAUUACACAACGACCGAAACAAGUGGACAAGUUUCCUUCAAGCGUUAAAGACACAAUGGAAUGAUGAUAAGAUCGGAGCUUUACGCGAAAGACUGGAUCGUAUCGCGAAAGCAAUCAAUGCACGCCUUGCAGACGAGAACAAUCUGGGUAUCUACUCUCGCCUCAAUGAGCUACUCGAGAUCAAUCGUCGACUCGAGAUUACGCGGACCGUGGACAUCUUGGAUCUGAGAAGGGAAUUCGGUGAGGCAUUGAAAAACAGCCAAAACAACACUGGAAAGGAAGAAUCGGCCAAUCUCAUGAGCAAGUUAGCAUCAGAUGGCCUGCACUAUUCUGCGGAACAAAGUAUCCUGUUCAGACUUCGCUUUGUUCGGUUGGAAGAUCGUUAUCGUUUGAUGUCACCAGCCCACCGACAUACCUUGGCCUGGAUGUUCGAAGACACAGGUUUGCAAGUUCAAAAUCAAGGCAACGGCCCGUCAACCUUCGUGCAGUGGUUACAUUCAGACAACGAUUUAUACUGGAUAUCUGGUCGACCUGGCUCAGGGAAAUCCACGCUCAUGAAGUUCCUCUGUCACCACCAGAAAACAAAGGAGCAUCUGACCACUUGGGCUGGGAACGAGGAGGUAAUCAUCGCCGAAUACUUCUUCUGGAAUGCUGGGAAGAACGAUCUUCAAAAAUCACAAGAGGGUCUUCUACGGUCUUUGCUCUAUCAAAUACUACGACAAUACCCAGACUACAUCCGUUUGGCUUUCCCGGGCGUCUGGCAGUGUUACAAUCCUACCAAUGCAGGGUUGCCUGGAAAACCAGACAUCCGACUGGACACCGAAAUGCCGCAUACCAUUCCUGAAUUGCUCGAUUCACUAACCAAUGUAUGCAACCUUCAUACUCAGUCUGAGAAGCGGCUGUGUUUCUUCAUCGACGGACUGGACGAAUAUGCGGGGGAUUCGCGCGACGUAAUCCAGCUAGUGGGGGUUUUGCGAAAUCUCAAACACGUGAAGAUAUGCGUGUCCAGUCGUCAGUGGAACGAAUUUGAAGAUGCUUUUGGCAAAAGUGGUACAGACAAGCUGUACAUGCAGGAUUUCAACUACCAAGACAUCAACGCGUACAUCAACGAUGUCUUCGAAAACGACAACAACUACCAAGAGCUAGAGGACAAAGACACACUUGGACAAGAACUUAUCCAAGAAAUAAUCACCGCAGCGAACGGAGUGUUCCUAUGGGUAGUACUUGUUGUUAGGUCUCUCCAAGACGGGUUAUUAGAAGGAGACAGUAUCACUCGCUUACAGCAACGUCUUCGCAAGUUGCCCACGAAUCUUGAGGAAUUGUUCGAGCGCAUAAUCUUCCGAGAUGUAAAGGAAACGUACCGUAGCGAGGCUUCCCACAUGUUUUUGGUUGCACUGAAAGCAAAAGAAAAUCUUCCACUUAUGGCAUACUGGUUUCUAGGCGAAGGUUUACCAAAGCAGCGUCUACCACUCAGGAUGCAACAAACGAUCAAACGACACAAAGAUGCGAACAAGCGCUUGAUUGCGAGUUGCAAAGGUCUUCUAGAGCCUCGGUUCCGAUCAACGACCGAAGAGCAGGAUUCACUACCUUCUGCAAUUCUUUUCGAAUAUACAGUGGACUUUCUACACAGAACUGUACGAGACUAUCUACUUCUACCGACCACCGAUGUCAGACAGUGGGCAGAGCCAAAUUUCAGUCCAGAUGAGGCUAUCUGCAAAGCUCUCUACUCGCAGAUCAAGACAGCGCCACAUGGGAAAGAGUAUAGCUCUCACGUCUCAGCACUAUAUCAAACAUAUGUCUACCAUGCCAAUGAAGUCAAGGUCUUGCAUGGUAGCGAGGUUGCAAUCCAAUCACUCAAUGCAGAGCUUGUCGAUAUAGUCUCGGAGUAUGAAAUCGAGGAUGUCGACCCACCAGCGAUUGGAGACACCCCUACUCACAACUUGGUUACUGAUACGAAAUUACACAAUGCCGAAAAAGUAGAAGUCGUGAGUCUGGGGUCCACCAAUACAAAAUCUGAACGGGGAGCAAAGUCACACCAAGGACGACCAUCUGUCAUGAAAAGACUCGUUUCGAAACUAGACAAGGCCAAAACUAAGUUGGUGGAGCGCACAGGAGAUAAAUAA